AUGUUUGCUGCCAAUGUGAGUUUCAGGUCCAUAAGCACACAGUAUACCACAGGACUAGUUCCAGAUACAUUUCCAGAGGUGACGUGUGCAAGGCCUCACCAUCACCCUGCUGUUGAAGGUGCAAGGUUUAAUCUCACGGCUAACUAUAGAGGGUUCGACACAACCUUUUAUAAACGUAAAGGCUGCCAGAGUAGCACCUGUGAGGGAGUGGAGGAGCUAAGGAUGCUAAUGGAAACAGGCGAUCUGGGAUGUGCAGUGCUUGGGCCCACCUGCACCUACGCUACUUUCCAAGUGGUUGAUGUGGAACAAGGUCUGAAGCUCAGUACGCCAAUCCUCUCGGCAGGAAGCUUCGGUCUCUCCUGCGACAACACUCUAAACCUGCAGCGCCUCCUACCGCCGGCACGCAAGAUCUCUGACUUUUUUAUAAGUUUCUGGAAUGAAACCAACAAGAUCAAAUCUAAUUGGAAGACUGCCUAUGUUUACAAGAAACAGAGCAACACUGAGGAUUGCUUUUGGUAUAUAAAUGCACUUGAUACAGACUCGGGCGACUUUGCCCACAACAUUAUGAGAGAGGUGCUACGCGAUCCAGGAGAAGUGAAUAAAAUACUAUCAUCACCCAAAAACAUGACAAGCAACUUGUUCAUCAUGUGUGGAUCGCCAAUGGAUCUAGAGGAGGUGAAAAAUGGCUCCAUAGUGGCAGACAGCAGGGAUAUUAUCUUUAUCCUUAUUGAUCUUUACAACGAUCAAUACUACACCAACACAUCGUCACUGCCGUCCAUGAGGAACGUGUUGGUGCUGACUAUGCCAAACACCAGAAGCUACACUAUCAACACAGACCUGAAGGACAACAACACAAUGAAUGAUUACAUGGCGGCGUACCAUGAUUCCGUGCUGCUAGUAGGCCAGGUGAUGAGGCGUAUUGCUAAAGAAAAUCAGUCGGAGAUUCAGCAGAUGGAGUUUGUCAAUGCGAAUUACUUCAGAAACAUCUCCUUUAAUGGAAGUGCUGGGAACUACAAGCUGGACAAGCAUGGAGACCGAGACGUGAAUCUCUCAAUCAUUUACACCACUACUGACGACAAGUACCAAAUUUUAUUCACAUUCGACACCGAGACCGACGUAACCGAAGUGGUUGAGACACACCCUUCGUUUAUCUGGGGAAAAACACUUCCUGAUUUCACACCAGACCUAGGUCCAGGUUCAUUUAAUAACAUCAUUGUCAGUGUGUUGGCUGUGACAGUGGUUGUAGUGGCCACCAUGGCCUUCAUUUUCUACCGACAGACCAGGAAAGCGCGGCGGGUCAGGAAGCGCUGGUCCCAUAUCGCCUCUGAUCUUAUCACACCGCUGGAGAACAACCAACUCAAUGUCAUCUCUCUUAAGAUUGAAGACGAGAGCAAAAACAUGAAAAUCCAGAUCCGCCGUGCGCUCUACGAUAAGAAGAUUGUGAUUCUAAAGGAGCUGGAGCACUCGGAUGGGAACUUUAACGAGACCCAGAUGAUAGAACUUAAUGAUCUCUUGCAAAUCGACUACUACAACCUCACAAAGUUUUAUGGCACAGUGAAGUUUGAUGAGGGCGUGUUUGGGGUGUUUGAGUAUGGAGAGAGGGGGUCACUCUGGUAUGUGCUGAGCGAUAAGGUUUCUUACCCAGAGGAGACCUUCACGGACUGGGAGUUCAAGAUCUCCGUCAUGUACGACAUUGCCAAGGGCAUGUCCUAUCUCCAUGCCAGUCACAUCCAGGUGCAUGGUCGCCUCAAGUCCACCAACUGUGUGGUGGACAAUCGCAUGGUGGUGAAGAUCACAGACUUUGGCUGCAACAGCUUUCUUAGGCCCGGCAGAGACUUGUGGACUGCUCCGGAGCAUCUGAGGAGACAGGGCACCUCUCAGAAAGGAGACGUCUACAGCUUUGCCAUCAUCGCUCAGGAGAUUGUUCUCAGAAAGAGCACCUUCUACACCAAGAGCUGCUCCGACGGAGCAGAAAAGCUUGCCAGGGUCAUCAUGUCUUACUUCAGACCCGAUCUUAACUUUGAGACGGCUUCAGAGAAAGAAUUGGAGGUGUACAUGUUGAUAAAAAGCUGCUGGGAUGAGGAUCCAGAAAAAAGACCUGACUUUAAGAAGGUGGAAAACUGUCUCGGAAAAAUCAUCAGUAAAAUUCAUAACCAGGACAAUGAGAGCUACAUGGAUAACAUGAUCAGGCGGCUGCAGAUGUAUUCCAGAAACCUGGAGCACCUGGUGGAGGAGAGAACGGCCCUCUACAAAGCUGAGAGGGACAGAGCAGACUGCCUCAACUUCAUGCUGCUUCCUCGCCCGGUGGUGAAAAGCCUGAAGGAGACUGGUGUGGUGGAGCCAGAGCUGCACGAGGAAGUGACGAUAUACUUCAGCGACAUUGUCGGUUUCACCACUCUGUGCCAGUACAGCACACCGAUGGAAGUUGUGGACAUGCUCAACGACAUCUACAAGGGCUUUGACAGCAUUGUUGACCACCACGACGUAUACAAGGUGGAGACGAUUGGGGACGCCUACAUGGUGGCCUCUGGGCUUCCGAAGCGAAAUGGGAACAGGCACGCGGUGGAUAUCUGCCGCAUGGCGCUGGACAUCUUGGCAUUCAUGGGAACCUUCCAGCUCCGACACCUGCCCGGUAUCCCUGUGUGGAUACGCAUCGGCAUUCACUCUGGUCCCUGUGCAGCGGGUGUCGUGGGGCUAAAGAUGCCCAGAUAUUGUUUAUUUGGGGACACGGUCAACACGGCGUCUCGUAUGGAGUCUACAGGACACCCCCUGCGCAUCCACGUCAGUCAGCCAACUAUAAAUAUCCUGCAGAGGACAGACUAUAAGUUUGAGUAUGAUAUCAGAGGAGAAACAUAUCUGAAGGGUAAAGGCACGGAGACAACCUACUGGCUGACAGGCGAGACGGGCAAAGACUACGACCUCCCAGCUCCACCCACAACGGAGAACUUCCAGCGGCUCCAGCAGGACCUCGCCCACAGGAUCCUGGCGUGUCUGGAGCGGCGCUCUCGAGGCUCCAUCCGGAGGAAGAAGACGCUCUUGAGUCAGAGCAAGGAGGAAGACGACAAGGACGGGGAAUCAGGGGUGGAGUCUGAGAGCGACCAACCUGAGUACCUGCAUCUGGCCACGGUGGACAACACCCUCAGUACCUUCCUGUAGUACACACCUACUGUUGACUACAUCACUGCACGCUAUUACUUUAUUUCUAUGGUUAUUACACUAUUCAGUGAGACUGGGAAGGUAACCAGCAGGAGGCAGAGAGGGAAACUAAGGACUGUAGCACUGGUUAGAAGUACAACAGCAAGCAGAGAGAUGUGAAGAUGAACUGAUCAGUUCCAUCCAUUUGAUUAAAGUCCCGACUAAAUCAAAGUACUGUUCAUGUACAUAUGGACCUUUCUCCUGCAUAUUCUUCUCAGGUUCACUGAUUGUUUAAAUAUGCAAUUUAUUCACUUUGCUUGGUCUAAAAUGGGGUAAUAAGGAGCUAAAAGGAUCCUGGGUAAAAUGACAAGACAUAAUAGUGCCAAUAUUCCUUAAAUGUGUCUUUCACAUAUUUGAAAGGAACUAGUGUGUGCAUCCCUGUUUAUCAACCGGACAGUAUGAGGGAAGAAGUAGAAUAAAAAUAAAGAGCAAAGAUGUAAAUGUAACUACAAUGUGCCAGAAGUGACGAGAUGCAACAGAACUCAACACAAUGGCAGUGAAAGUAUGAAGUAGUGACUUGGUAACCUGACUUCACUAACAAACAUUAGAUUGGGUUCAAAUCUACAGAUCCAGGCCUUCUAUUUAUCAAACAAAAAGUACACUUAGUGCUAACUAAAGAGACUCACAGCAAGGUACAGGAAUAACUUCCAAGAGCUCUUCUCGUAUUACAUGAUUAAUCACAUGUAUGCUUUGAGGAUUUAACCUAUAUCAGCUUUAUUGUUCAUUCUUAAAAACAUCCUGACAUUUUACCCAGAUAAGUGUUAUUUUAAUUUUAAAAAGUUAAUAUUAUGAAGACAACUGCUUUUGGAAAUAACUUUAAUGGAGCACUGGCUGUACACCACAACCACUGAGAUUAACAUGAGAUGGUUUAGGAUGGAACUAGUGCACAUGCUGUAUGCUACUGUUGGCUGUUCAACCACUUUUGUUAUACCAUCAACAUGUGGGCUCGCUGUAACGUCUGCCUACAAACGACAUUUUCAAACCUGUAUUUUAAACCAAAGGAAAAAAGAUUUAUUUAGUUGAGAAUGGUGACAUUCAUUUACAUUAAAUAAAAAAUAAAUUAAAAAAAUCACCUCCUGUCACAUUGUUGAAAAUGUUGUAUGUUGUUCAGGUGAAAUACAGUUAAAUGAAAUCAAAACACACAGCGUUUCUUAAAGCCUGUACAGGGUGAUUUGAGGCGCUACAAUGCAUGUGUCACAUUGUUUUAUGUAUACAGACACGGAGGCUCUAUGGACAGCAGAAGAAAAAAUAAAUAAACCUCCAGCAUCAGAUUACAAUGUUUUUUUCUAUCCACAGCUGCCUGGCAGAUGUUUCUUUUUUGCACAGAAUAAUGAGAGAGCACUGCUAAGUAGACUUUUACACAUUGAGUGUUAUGUGAAAACGCACUCUACUGUACAGCAGAAACAAUUCAACACAGUGUACAAAUAAGAAAAUGAAGUGUGGAUCCAGCAAACACAAGACUACAUACAAAUGGAGAUUUAUAAAAGUGACCUAAUGGCAACACAUUUUCAUUGGAGGGACAAACUCUGGUCUUGUGGAAGCAACAGCAUUUAUGUGAACUAAAACUGACUAAAAACUAGCAUAUUUAGGAAAACUGAUGAAUAUAUUUCUAUAUACUGUUGAAGAUCAUCAUAUUAGUCAAAAGUAAAAAAAUAAAAUGAAAGAAAAGCAAGUUACCCGAAGCUGACCGUAAACCCUCU